CAAAAGCGAAACGGGCACGAACGCACGCGCGCGCGUUCGCGUCCACGGCGAUGGCAACGCAGGAGGAGAGCAGGACUCCAGGAGCAGAGAAGGGUUCCACGCGCGGCGUGGCGCCAUACGAGACGAUGCUGAGCUCCACGGCGUACGAGCGGAUGCGCGCGGAGCACCCGGCGGAGUUCGCGCCGGCGAGAGUCUUCUUCACGCGCGACGCGCGCAGCGCCAUCGACCGGCGCAACAGCUUCCGGGUGAAGGCCAUGCUCGUCUACGAGGCCGUCACGGGCCACGACGUCUGCGGCGAAUUGUCACGCGUCAACCGGCUUCUGCAGGUCCUCGCCGAGGCCUGCCAUUCUGUCAUCCAUGGGUCACAGACAAAUUCCGACGGGUCACAGACAAAUUCCGACGAGUUGCAAGAACAUCACGGUAAUCUCCAUGUGGAGCCCGAGAACGAGCAGGAGAACGAGGGAGAAGAUGGAAGUGCCAAUCCGGCAGACACCAACGCUGUGGAGGAAAAGUCGGAGCUCAUCGACGAAGGCUGGGACGACAAACACAAGCGAGUGGUCGACGGCAUCUUCCUCGUCGUCGGCUUCCUGCCGAGGCUCAUGGAAGCGAUCCGCAAGAGCGUCGACCGCGAGGGCGUCGACGAGAGCAUCAAGUCAGGCCACAUGCACGACAUCGUCACCGACGUGAUCAAGCUCGAGAACCAGCUCUCCCUGAAGGACUUGCUCGACGUGGCCGGCGUCGUUGAGGGCUUGAUCAACGAGACCGUUGGCCGCAACGAGUUCAAGGGCGUCAAGGACUCCAUGAUCCGCGAGUACAAGCUGCCCUUCACCAAAGAUGCCUUCGGCGACGUGAUCCACAGGUUCUGCUGGUACUACUCGCCGUUCUUCUCGAAGAAGCCGCCGGCGCCGCCGAACGGGAACGGCCCGUUCAAGGGCGUGGCUACCGACGACAAGAUGGCGACGCGCACGCUGCUGGACUGCCUGCACCAGAGCGUGGUGCCGGCGCCGGGGACGGGAGCGCGCGCCACCGGCCGGCCGUCUCGCAUGCCGGCGACGAGGGAGCUCCGGAGGUCGGGUGUCCGGUUCCAGGCCUCCGAGAACGGCCACGCCGAGGUCGAGUUCAAGGAGCAGACGCUACGGCUGCCGGUGCUGGCGUACGACUUCAAGCUGGCCACGGUGGCCCGGAACCUCCUGGCGCGGGAGUACGAGGAGCAGAGCAAGCCCUUGACGCGCUACUUCCAGAUGAUGAACGAGCUCGUCGAAGACGCCGCCGACGUCCGGGUCCUGCGCCGCGCCGGCGUGGUCCGAGGCGGGUCCAGGGGCGCGCGGGAGGUGCACGAGCUGAUCAAGAACAUCGACGGGCACGCCACGUACCCGUCGGUGUACAUGGCCAUGGACCGGGAGAUCGAGAAGGUGAGGCAGCACCACAACAAGAGGAUGAAGAACUUCUUCGUCCGCAACCGCCCCGGGGUGAUCUGGGCUUCGUCGGUGGCCGCCGUCUCGGCGGUUGCCAUAGCUGUCGCGAGGAGGAAUCGGAGGUAAGGGAAGAACGAAUUCACUAGCAGCAAAAUACGGUGUAAACUGUAACGUACGUAUGUGUAUGUACAUAUUUGUAACUUGAUGUGGUGUAAGGCGUACAAUGAAAUUGUAUCAGAUGGUGGAACAACUUAUA